AUGGAUACAAAAGUGAAAAGGAAUCCACGAGCCUGUGACUCCUGUCGCAAAGAUAAAAAGUGCUGCUUUGGAGGGGAAAACGGCGUGAGAUCGUGCUCCCGUUGCAGUUGCAAAAAUCCCCAUAAAAGAAAACUCUGUUCUUACGUACAAGAACUUGAUCCUUUGAGAGGUCAUUUUGAAGAUCAACCAGGAUUUGGAAAUCAUAAUGGUGAUAUUUCACAUCCUCAUGACAUUCUUGACGAAUCACCAACAGAAAAUAAUUUUCUAUGUUCGUCAAAUUGUUUUGUUGAUUUGAGUGAAUCAUCCGAUGAUAAUUACUUUGAAAACCUGAUCAACAUUCCCCAUAGUACAUUACAAACAUCUGAACAUUCUGGUUUUGAAAAUUUAAUCUUCGAUCACCCUAGCACUUCACAAACAUCUGAAUAUUAUAGUUUUGGGGAUCUGACUAACAGUCCCCAUAUCACUUCACAAACAAUCAUUCCUCAAGAUAUAGAUCAUAUGAAUAACGUAAUGCUAUAUGAGGAAUGUUUAAAACAAGGUUCCAAAAUGUUUAAUCACUUAACUCUAUUAGCUCUAUCAGGGCAUCGAAAUCUAACAUCGCCGAUAGUAAACGAAUGUCUUAAGAAUCUUCUUGUGACUUUACAAUCACAAUCCUCCCAACUAGAAGAAUUGUCUGGUCAGCAAUCUAUCGAUCUAGAAUCAUUGACAAUGGACCAAUUAUCUGGUGCGGUCCUAUUGUCUUAA